AUGAGACGCCAAAACCGUUCGUGCGACCAAUGUCGCAAGGCUAAACGGGCAUGCGAUGCGCCCUCGCUAUGGGACAUCCAGCGUAACCCAGAGAGAGUUCGCAACGGUGCAGACAGCGCCAGCGGAGCUUCUCUAGCUGAAGAGCAUCUAGAUGAGAUUGAUUCUAGAGCUUUACGAUGUUCAUACUGCCUUCGCACUCGCAAACAAUGUACAUUUAAUUGGGUUCGCGCUCAACUACAGACUAGCCCUGCGGCUGCCAACUCCAACUCCAACUCUAAUACCAAUGUCAACCCCGAUACUGCCUCCCACAAUGGCGCCCACCCUCGUCGAGUACCCGAUCAGUCGCGCACAAAGGCCAAACGACAACGGCCGCGCCCUCAACAGCAACCAGGACCUGCGCCGGCUCAAGCUCCUCUCCCGACUCAGUCGCUCGAUGUAAACGCCACUGCUUUGCUAGACAUGCUGCAAGCACCUCCGACGACACACGACUUGAGUUGCUGGGGGCCAAUGGAUACGACCGGCUUUGCCAACUUUCCUGCAUUCCCUCAUACUACUUUUGAUGCCAUGCCCGCCAAUGGUGUCUUCGACCCGACCGCAUUUGAUACCAGUCUUCACAACAGUGUCUUCCAGAGCUUCGAGCCUCAAUCAACGCCAGGGCACCCGCAUCACAUAGAUCUUACGCCUCCUACAGAGCUCACCAGCCAAGCUCUGCACUCACGGCAUCAAACGACAGAGGAGGAAAAUGCUGAAAACGGAUGGCCUCUAUUUCAGACCCAGUCUGUCGGUAGUGAUAUUCCAUUCCAGCCUUCCCCCUCAGGGUCGAACUCAUACGAAAGCGACAUCUCAUCCAGAUCAUUGAGCGUGCGCCACUACCCAGAAAGCUUAGCAAGAAGUUACAGCACUUCCAUUUCACCUUUCUCAGUAACACACAACAUGAUGACGAAGACGAACAACAAUAUGAUUUCGGACAAUUUGAUGAGAAUAUACCACGAUGUUUUGGAACAUGCACUGUCUUGUUGGUUAUCGGAGGAGACAUGCCCUUACAAGCCAAAUACCAUAACUCGGCCUUCCAACAAUGGCGUUAGUUGGCUAGCAUCUCACUUCGAGGGGCUUAGCGUUGGUCAACCUAAACAGCAAGACAACAGGAUAUAUCGACGAGUCAUUCAACUUGACAAGCAGGCACAAGCAACAAAGUUAAUUCGGUUGAGUAAAUCAGAUGACAGAGCUGCUUCAAAGGCAUUGCAUUUAGCUAUCAUGGCUUUUGCGACUCAGUGGGCUCAAGGCAGCCAGCGUGAGCGCGAUAGGUUUCCACAAAGCUUGACCCAAAUGGAUAGCAUGCGAUCGGAGUUUGACGAUAUCAACGAGGAUUUCGACCGAACACUUCAAAAGACUUUCUGGGCUCAAGCUAAACGAGCCCUGCAGGAUUGUUCUGAUAUGGAGUGCUUCCGCGUGGUUUGUGCAGAUUUGAUAAUGGGAUUGGCGCAAAAACCAAGGGAUGACGAAGACAACAACGACGGACCCUACAGCAUGAGUAACUUUGAUGGUGAAAGCCCGAUUGCGUCAGGAGAGGGUUCAAUUGCUUCUCAGCUCAGUGAGAUCAUCGCUGCAGAAGGCCCGCCUGUUUUCAUGGAACGAGCUGCAAGAAAGAUGCAUGCCCUCAAGUUCCAAUAUGAGGCGCGGGAAACGGGUGUUCUCGACGUGUCUGGAAGUUCUCUUGGACUGGAGAAGGCGACUGCUGCGGAUGCUCUGAGUGAGGAGGAUAAGGGCACCAUCGGUCUCGUCUACUGGAUGACGGUUAUGUUCGAUACUGUGUCCUCAUCCAUGAACGGCCGGCCUGUAGUUGUUUCGGACGAGGAGUGCCACCAUGACCCGACCUAUCCUGACCACCCAGAGCAUGAAUCUUACAACAUCGAAUACCGUCCGCAGGACGCCAGGUGGUGGGCAGAGCUUUUCGUUCGCGAGAACAAGGAGGGAGCUCUCCGCUGGCCUUGUUCAUAUGAUGCCGCCUCUAAGGGUGUUGUCACCGCUGCUCCUAUCAAGGUCAUUCUGUUCCGCCACGUUUCGUACCUUCAAAAUACCAUUAGAAGUCGAUACCGUGGCGAGCCUGUUGAGAAGGUCAUUUCCAAUGCUAUGGCUGUUUAUAAGCACUGGAAUGUCAGUUACGGUGCGUUCUUCCGGGAUCUGGUAGAGCAGUACGACUCGGUCCCAACACUCAUCCAAAGCUGGUUUGUAUGUGUGGUGGCCCAUUUCCAUUGUGCUGCUCUCCUACUGGCAGACCUUAUUGAGCUUGUCGAUGAGAACAAGUUGGGCUUGGAGUAUUCGACCCAGGUCCGUCAAGCAGCCAAUGUCGUGGUGAGCCUUCGAAGAGACAGUGCAAACAUCCUUUCAGAUCUUGCCCGAGUCUCGACACGCCCUCGAGCUGGUGACGUGCCUGGAACCGGCGUCUCGGACCUCCACUUCGCAGUUGUCGAAGGUUCCAUUUUGACGGAGCCAUGGACGAUGAUCCUCAUCAGGGCGUUUACCAAGGCGGCCAUUCUGCUUCUUACCGAGGCUGAGGAAAAAGUCCGACAUGAACACACACCUCUCGAGACGCCUAGUGUCAUGCAUUUAGUGCGCAGGUGCGAGGACUGCACGAAGGCACUAUGGUGCUUGGGCAAGAAGUCAGAUAUGGCUCGCAACAUUGCCAGCAUUCUAUCCUCAGCACUCGGACCUUACAUGAUACCAACGACCUUGUCGCACAUGCCUAUCUCAUCUAUCGAGCCAGUGAUGGUAUAA